CAGAGUGACACCAGAUCCUGUCGCCACAGCGUGCAGCAUGGGGUCUGAUGAUUCGUACAACUUUGUCUUUAAAGUGGUUUUGAUAGGGGAGUCUGGUGUGGGAAAAAGCAACAUUCUGUCCCGCUUCACCAAAAAUGAGUUUAAUCACGACAGCCGCACAACCAUCGGUGUGGAGUUCAGCACGCGGACAGUUCAGCUGGAGAACUUCUCCAUCAAAGCUCAAAUCUGGGACACGGCUGGGCUGGAGCGCUACAGGGCCAUCACCUCAGCGUAUUACAGGGGAGCGGUCGGGGCCCUGUUGGUCUAUGACAUCACCAAGCACCUGACCUAUGAGAGCGCCGAGCGGUGGCUGAAGGAGCUGUUUGACCACGCGGACCCUCACAUGGUGGUCAUGCUGGUGGGGAACAAGAGAGACCUGGAGACCCUCCGGACCGUGCCCAAAGAGGAGGCCAGGGACUUUGCAGAGAAGAAAGGUUUAAUGUUUAUGGAAACAUCAGCGUUGGACUCCAGCAACGUCGAGGCUGCUUUCAAUGAAGUCCUCUCUGCGAUCCACAGGAAGGUGGCCAGCAGAGAGGUGACCCGCGGCUCCAUUAGUGCUGUAACUCUAUCCAGCCCCAUCGGGUUGACCAGCGAGGCCCAGGACGAGCGCAAAGGCUGCUGCAAGAGCUAACAGACGAGCGGCCCCCAUGAAAAUAAAGUUUCUGCACAGGCCAUGUUGAAACAACCUCACGCUCGAGCACGACAUCAUUCACACAAAUUUUGAAGCGCGAGGUACCUGCUUGAGAUAAAACCUCUUUCGCUAUAAAAGCUGAACAGUAGAUCAAUCAAAAGCAAAACAUGUUUUACACUAUAUUUCCUGUGGUGAGCAAUUGGUGCUUAUACUUUAGAUCAAUCAGUUUUUUUCCUUUCUCUCAUCUUCAUAAUGUUAAGGAGCAGCUGUGAAGAUGUGUUGCUUUUCUACAGGAAUGCACUGGGAUUCAUUUUGAAUAAAUUAUUUAUGUCAAUCUGUCUGCAUGUAAUUGAUAAACAAAAAUGAAUGUAUUAGAGGCAUUACACAGAUCAUCUAAAUGAGGGACUAGAGAUGAGGGAUGAUAUUAAAGAAAGAGUCAAAGAGUGUACAGCUGUGGUACUGAGCCUGUGAAUUAAAAGAGUUUUAUAUUGA